AUGAAGUCAGGAUGCGGCGGUUAUUUACACAAAGUACGACUUUUACAAUUUUCACUUACAUUUCUUGCUGGUAUUGGCAGAAGCUGCUCAGCAGAAACCGGCGCAGGGUUGAAUUAUGCCGAAAAUAGUAUUCUGGUGGUGCAGACGGCCCGCAACAAAGCCAAAAGGCACUGGCUGCAGGUAUUUACAGAACCCUUCGGUACGACAGACAUGCGUUUGGCCUGCGUCCCUUCGGAAUCGUACAUGUCGCGCGUACGCCAAAACUUGACAUGGUCCAAUAAUAAUUGUCCUGGGCUGAACAUUGGGGCAGUAUUGCUGUCGUUGCUCGAUCUUUUUUUUUUCUUUUCCACUCGCUCUUCUUCCGCUCUUGGCAUUGUUCUCUCAUUCUGUAGGUGCUGUUCCCCUGUGGUCAAUCACAACACCGACUAUGCGGUAUCUUUUGCGGAAAAACUCGGCCCACUUGUCCACUUUUUCAUUUUGCUUCUCUGUCAAGUCUCCUGUGUACCAGGUGUUUGCCAUUGUCGAAGAUGA